AUGUCAUCGGCAUAUGGAAAAAUUGAUCGACCAAAAGAAUAUGACUCAUCGAAAUUAGAAUUAUUACUUCCAAUAGAAAAUACAACUAAAUCUAAUCAAUUAGUAUCCGUUCAUUCAUUAACUACUGUUCUAAAACAAUUAGAAGAUGAAUCAAAAUUAAUAUGCUAUUUACAAUCUUUAUUAAACAAAGAAAUUGAAGUUGGAAAUACUUAUCCACAAAAAUUUCCACUUAAUUUAUCUGAAUUCAAGAAUUAUUUCUUAUGUGGAGAAGCUUUCAUUGUUAUUAAUAGUGGAAAAAAAUUAUCAAUCGAUAUUUUUAAUAAUCUAGAAAAAGCCAUAUUAGGUACAUUUUAUAUUAAACCAAACUUUCCUGGUCGAUGUUCUCAUAUCUGCAAUGGAGGAUUUAUCACUUCGGAUAUAUAUCGAAAUCAAGGCGUUGCUAAAAUCAUGGCAUUAGCUUUCAUUGAAAUUGCUCCAUUAUUAGGUUAUAAAGCUUCAAUGUUUAAUUUAGUAUUUGCAAAUAAUACACCUAGUGUUCAUCUUUGGAGAUCAUUAGGAUUUCAAGAAAUUGGAAGAAUUCCAAAUGCUGGUUAUCUUAUCAAAAAGAAAGAAACGACAGAACAAACCAAUGCAGAAGUAGAAGAAGAAUUUGUGGAUGCCAUUAUGUUUUACUAUAGUUUUACUUAA